AUGAACGGCGCCCACACGGCCCAUGCUCCGUCGCCCGGUUCCGCUGUUCCGGUCGGGCAGGACGGAACGGGGUUCCUGCGGUCGCUCGCGCCGGUGCUGGCAGUGACCGCCACGUGUGCGUACAUGGCGUUCUUCUCAACUGGGCUCGGGCCGGUGAAUUGGGUUUUGGUUAGCGAGAUUUUCCCGUCAAGGCUUCGAGCGCAGGCCAUGGGGCUCGCGACCGUUGUGAACCGCACGAUCAGCGGAACUGUCUCCCUCACGUUCCUCAGCCUUGCGGAAGCAAUCACCGCGGCAGGCACGUUUUUGCUCUUUGCGCUGAUCGGGCUUGCCUCAGUGGUGUUCUUCUAUUACGUGGUUCCGGAGACGCGGGGAAAGAGCUUAGAGGAGAUAGAGAAGAUGCUCGCGCACAAGGACGGCCUAGAAGCGGAAGUCACUGAUGCUCCAACGGAAUCGGACUCGUGGUCUAGUAGACUGUACCAAAGAUUUACAGGAGGGUUUGCUCGAGCAUACUCGGAGGUAGGGGAUGCGGGCAAGGACGAUAGCGUGAACGGGAACGAUGAAGACCAGAUGCCGGUCAAGAAAGAUACCGGUGAUACCCGCCGCAUCAAUAGAAAACGUUGGUCCUUCGGAAUCGAGUAG